CGUGUGCGCCGGAGCUGCUAAGUAGGAGGUUGCUGCCCAGGUUGCGCGGCCGCGAGCAGCAUGAGUGGCUGCGCGCUGUUCCUGUGGUCCGCGGCGGUGGCGCGCGCCUGCCCGCCUCUGGUGGCCUUUACCGGGAGCCGGCGGGCGCUGCGCACCAGCCCGCCGAUACGAGCUUUCGCCAAAGAGCUUUUCCUGGGCAAAAUCAAGAAGAAAGAAGUUUUCCCAUUUCCAGAAGUUAGCCGAGAUGAACUCAAUGAAAUCAAUCAGUUUGUGGGACCUGUGGAAAAAUUCUUCACUGAAGAGGUGGACUCUCGAAAAAUUGACCAGGAGGGGAAAAUCCCAGAAGAGACUUUAGAGAAAUUGAAGAGCUUGGGGCUUUUUGGGAUGCAGGUCCCAGAAGAAUAUGGCGGCCUGGGCCUCUCCAACACCAUGUACGCGCGGCUCGGGGAGGUCAUCAGUCUGGAUGCAUCCAUCGCUGUGACCCUGGCAGCACACCAGGCUAUUGGCCUCAAGGGGAUCAUCUUGGCUGGCACCGAGGAGCAGAAGGCCAAAUACUUGCCCAAACUGGCGUCUGGGGAGCACAUUGCAGCCUUCUGCCUCACUGAGCCAGCCAGUGGGAGUGAUGCAGCUUCCAUCCGGAGCAGAGCUGCAUUAAGUGAAGACAAGAAGCACUAUGUCCUCAACGGCUCUAAGGUCUGGAUCACCAAUGGAGGAGUGGCCAAUAUUUUUACUGUGUUUGCAAAGACUGAAGUUGCUGAUUCUGACGGCUCAGUAAAAGACAAAAUCACAGCAUUCAUAGUAGAAAGAGACUUUGGUGGAGUCACUAGUGGGAAACCUGAAGAUAAGUUAGGCAUUCGGGGCUCCAACACUUGUGAAGUCCAUUUUGAAAACACCAGGGUGCCUGUCCAGAAUGUCCUUGGAGAAGUUGGAGGUGGGUUUAAGGUGGCCAUGAACAUCCUCAACAGCGGGCGGUUCAGCAUGGGCAGUGCCGUGGCCGGGAUGCUCAAGAAACUGAUUGAAAUGACUGCUGAAUAUGCCUGCACGAGGAAACAGUUCAACAGGAAUCUCAGCGAAUUUGGACUGAUUCAGGAAAAGUUUGCCCUGAUGGCUCAGAAAGCUUACGUAAUGGAAAGCAUGGCCUACCUCACUGCAGGGAUGCUGGACCAACCAGGGUUUCCUGACUGCUCCAUCGAGGCAGCCAUGGUGAAGGUGUUCAGCUCCGAGGCCGCCUGGCAGUGUGUGAGUGAGGCGCUGCAGAUUCUCGGGGGCUCAGGCUACAUGAGGGACUACCCAUACGAGCGCAUGCUGCGUGACACCCGCAUCCUCCUCAUCUUCGAGGGAACCAACGAGAUUCUCCGGAUGUUUAUCGCCCUGACGGGUCUGCAGCACGCCGGCCGCAUCCUGACUUCGAGGAUCAAUGAGUUUAAACAGGGCCGGGUGAUCACAGUCAUGGAGACUAUCGGCCGGAGGCUUCGGGACUCGCUGGGCCGCACUGUGGACUUGGGACUGACAGGUGAACUUGGACUUGUGCACCCCAGUCUUGCGGACAGUGCCAACAAGCUCGAGGAGAAUGUAUUUUACUUUGGUCGGACGGUUGAGACGUUGCUGCUCCGCUUUGGCAAGACCAUCGUGGAGGAGCAGCUGGUGAUGAAGCGGGUGGCCAACAUCCUCAUCAACCUGUACGGCAUGACGGCCGUGUUGUCACGGGCCAGCCGCUCCGUCCGCAUUGGGCUUCGAAACCACGACCACGAGGUUCUGUUGGCCAACAUCUUCUGUGUGGAUGCUUAUUUCCAGAAUCUCUUCAGCCUGUCUCAGCUGGACAAGUAUGCUCCAGAAAACCUAGAUGAGCAGAUUAAGAGAGUGUCCCAGCAGGUCCUUGAAAAGCGAACCUACAUCUGUGCCCACCCUCUGGACAGAACAUCCUGAGGCGGGGGACAGUGUUGCCGCCUGCCCCCAGGCCAUGACCCGUCAAUGGACAACUCUCGUUCUUUUUUCAGAAGGUGGAUGAAUUGAGUAUUACAAAUUGAGCCAUUUGUUCCCAGUCUACACCAGAAAGGCUUCCUGCUGGCUUGAGUAGCUCUUCCAGGUUUCAGUCCGCAGGCACUGCUGUCCCACAGGAUCAUGGCCUCUGGACUAAGAGAGGGUUGGAAUGGCUGGCAUCUGGAACUGGCGGGUAUUGUGACAGGUUUGCAGACACUACAGAGGAGACGAUGGGUACCUGUUUCAGGCAUGGAUAAUCACACGUUCUCUAGGAAAUACCUUGAAAGCUGUGUAUGUGUCACUCAUUUAAUUUAAACUAGAAGCAAAUGGGCUUAAAACAUAGCAGGAACUGUUUUAACAAAGAAUAUAAAUUGUCACAAUUU